AGUAUCUAAAAAAAUGAGUGCAUCAAAGCCAAUUCCAGCCAAAGAGAGCAGUAGAAACAAAGGAGAAUUUGUUGCUCCUUCAUCUCCUCCUAAGCACGCAUCACCACGCCAUCAUCACCAUCUAAAUAUACCCAGUCCAAUUCCGUGUAGAAGAACCAGAACUUCGUCGAUAUCAAGACUAGCUGCAGACAGUGAUGUGCAAGAGGGUAUAGUAAUCCAAUUUUGUCGGGAGAAAGGUCAUGGCUUUGUGAAACCAGAUGAUGAGGAAAAACCAAUAUUUCUACACAUUUCAGAUAUCGAAGACGAAUAUGUUGUACAUAAGGGUGAUCGUGUGGAAUUUCGAACGAUACCGAUGCCACCCAAAUGUUUGGAAAAGAUGGCGGUGGAAGUUAAAUUAAUAAGUUUCAACCCAGAAGUACCGCACGAAAGAUGGGAUAGCAAGCCUGAUCUAUAGAGAAUACAUAUAUAUAUAUAUAUAUAAAUGUUUUCAAUCUUUUUGAACAUUUUUCUUGGUGUCGGUCAGGAUUUUUAUAAGAGCAAUUUUUUUUUAUCAAAAUUACAAGUAUUUCGAAGCUUUGUUUUUGACUUAACUUAGUUUUUUUAUACAUGAUUACAUCUAAAGUAAAAUUUGUCAAUUUCAACUCUUUACUCAUAAUUUCGUAUGUCUUCGCGACUGUAAACACUAACUUCGUAUUCAUCGUAAACAAACGAAAUAAAUUGCGUCUGCGUAUGUUUUACUAACCACUUUAUUAAUCCCUCCUAAGAUGAAUUUCCACUCAAAAACAAACUGAACGGGUCUAAACAUACCGGACAUUUUUGUGGAAUCUGAUUGGUUGAUGAACCUUUCUGUUUUGAUCCGUUCCGAUCCAAACUGAAAUUUGAAGCCAUUCCAACAUUUUUUGCGGACAAGAACCGAAAAAUAUAUAUAUAUAUAUAUAUAUAUAUAUGAAAAAAAAUUAGCAGAUAACAAUCAAAUUUAUGUAUUUUUUCUGGUUCCAUUUCGCUGCGUUUUGCAUUCGGGUGGAAAUUCAGCUUGUAAGCGAGUACGCAAUGUAAUUUAUUUUCAUUGUAAAUUACAUGGAGAUGUUUGAGUGAUCGAUGUUAUUGAAAGCUAGCUUAAUAUUUCAUUUUUACAUCCACUUGUAAUUCAAAGAUCUAUGUAUGGAGGGUGUCUAAUGAUGUAAAUGUAUUGUUUAUAAGAUUGUCUAAAUAAAAGACUUAACUUCACAACCA